GAUUAAUAUAUAAAGCGGCUCCUUGUCAAUCAACAUUACUCAUUCAACGUUCAGUAUUAACACACUUAACAACAACAAAAAAACUUAUAUUUAUUCGCAAUGGCAUUCAAAACUAUCGCCGUCUUCGCCUGUGUGUUGGUUUCCGCACUUGCCGGUCCAGUAGCCCCAGCCUACCCGGCACCGUCUGCCUACCCAGCACCAUCAGCUUACCCAGCACCAUCAGCUUACCCAGCAUCAUCAGCUUACCCAGCACCAUCGGCUUACCCAGCACCUGCCUACAAGCCUGCCUCAUACUCCGCACCCAAGGCAUACGCCCCAGAACCCGCAUACGCCCCAGCCCCAUACAACUUCGACUACAGCGUGCACGAUGACUCCACCUACGACAUCAAGAGCCAAUCCGAAUACAGCGACGGAAACGGUUACGUAAAGGGAUCUUACAGCUUGGUCGAAGCCGAUGGCACCAAGAGAAUCGUCGAAUACACCGCUGAUGAUGUCAACGGAUUCAACGCUGAAGUGAAGAAAGAAGGAACCCCAUCUUACAGCUCUGCCCCAGCCUACAAACCAGCCUACAAGGCUCCAGCUUACCCAGCUGCCCCAGCUUAUCCAUCAGCCCCAGCUUACCCAGCUGCCCCGGCUUACCCAGCUGCUCCAGCAUACUCUGCUGCCCCAGCUUACCCAGCUGCCCCAGCAUACUCUGCUGCCCCAGCUUACCCAGCUGCACCAGCCUACAAGCCAGCUUACUCCGCACCGGCUUACUCUGCACCAGCCUACAAGCCAGCUUACUCCGCACCGGCUUACUCCGCACCAGCAUACUCUGCACCAGCCUACCCAGCUGCACCAGCAUACCCAGCUGCCCCAGCUUACCCAACUGAGUCCUACCCAGCUGCUCCAGCAUACGGAUACUCCACACCAGCUCCGGCUUACGGAUACUCCACCCCAGCUCCAGCCUACGGAUACUCUACCCCCGCCCCAGCCUACAAGCCAUCGUACGCCGCCCCAGCAUACAAACCUUCCCCUACGGCGAGUGCACACACCACGGAACCUUCCUACCCAUCUUACCCAGCUGCCCCAGCUUACCCAGCCCCAGCCUACCCGGCCGCCCCAGCUUACCCAGCACCAGCAUACCCAUCUGCCCCAGCCUACCCAUCUGCCCCAGCCUACCCAGCGGCACCAGCCUACCCAGCGGCACCAGCAUACCCAGCGGCACCAGCCUACUCAGCAGCACCGGCCUACAAGCCAGCUUCAUACGCCGCCCCGAAACCGUACGCCCCAGAGCCAGCCUACUCUGCUCCGUCUCCGUACAACUUCGACUACAGCGUGCACGACACCUACACCGGUGACAUCAAGAGCCAAAACGAAUACGCUGACGCCAACGGUUACGUCAAGGGCUCCUACAGCUUGGUCGAACCAGACGGCAGCAAGCGCACCGUGGAAUACACCGCCGAUGACUACAACGGUUUCAACGCCGAAGUCAAGAAGGAAGGUGGAUACCCCGCACCUGCCUACUCUGCACCGGCCCCGGCCUACAAGCCCGCCCCAGCACCAUACAAACCAGCAUACUAAUAACACCACCGUCUCAAUUCACAAACGUUGCAUCUCAAACGCCGACAUCAUCAUUGACGACUUAGAAGACUGUUUUAAGUCUCGGUACAUUUUCGUAGCUGUUUAAUACACGUUAUCUCAUGCGUGUGUUUUAUAUAUAUAUAUAUAUAUUUGUGUAUUCACUAUUGUCAUCGGUUUCAUCUUGUUUUUUUGUAAAUAAACGUCAUCCAUGUCGUAACACAUAAA